AUGGCUGCCCUCGUUCCCUUCCCCAAGUUUGGCCUUUCUGCCACUUAUUCCCCAUGGACCAAGAUCCUCUAUCUUGAAGCCAAGGGCAAGGUUCCCGGCUACCUUGCGGGAGCUUUCAUCCGACGUGAAGACUGGGACGGAGGUCUUCGCUUCUCUCUCCGAGCCUUCCCACUGCUCUUCCCCGAGGGCUUUCCUCCUCCAUCUCCCAAGCAGAUCGAUGCCACUCUGAAAGUCCCUAUUCAACUUCCCAUCUCUUGGCUCAACAGUAAGAGUGUUCUGUUUGAGACCGCCAAUGGCGUAUACAACAUCCCCAUCAAGUACUUGCUUGCAGGUGUCGGACCUGAAGAUGAGCCAAAGAACGGCCUUACUGCCUCCAAUGGUCAGACCGAUGAUCAGUCAAGUGAGCAGAGUGACGAAGGUCGUGUCAUUGGGAGUGUCUUGACUCCAAUCCAAGUCCCUUUGGCUGCAGAGGCCAACUACAGAAUCUCGGCUAGAAUCCCACCUUCUCAGGAGGGGGCGAUCGUUCCACUUCCAUCGGUCAAGAUCUCUUUCAACAACGAGUUCAUCAAGCUUGUUGAUUCCGACUAUGAAGGAGGAUCCAUCAUUUGGGAUAUCGCUUGGCAGAAGCUCCCGACCGAGGAGGGUACGAGCCCCCAGGCUGUCGACGUCACUACCAGCAUCCCGCAUACCCAGUUUGGAGGGUUGACCACUUGGUCCCGCAUUAUCCAGCCCUACACGGUUGAGUUUGUUGUUUUUGAGAAGAAGUAG